AUGGCAGAGGUCAGUCUGAGUAAUGACAAUGACAGAGAUCAGCCUGAGUAUGGUCAUGACAGAGAUCAGUCUGAGUAUGGUAAUAAAAGAGAUAAGCCUGAGUAUGGCAAUAACAGAGAUCCGCCUGAGUAUGGUAAUGACAGAGAUCAGCCUGAGUAUGGUCAUGACAGAGAUCAGUUUGAGUAUGGUCAUGGCAGAGAUCAGUCUGAGUAUGUUAAUGAAAGAGAUCAGCCUAAGUAUGGCAAUAACAGAGAUCAGCCUGAGUAUGGUAACGAAAGAGAUCAGCCUGGGUAUGGUAAUGAAAGAAACCAGUCUGAAAAUCAGUCUGAGUAUGGUAAUGACAGAGAUCAGCUUGAGUAUGGUAAUGACAGAGAUCAGCCUGAGUAUGGUUAUGCCAGAGAUCAGUCUGAGUAUGGCAAUGACAGAGAUCAGCCUGAGUAUGGCAAUUACAGAGAUCAGCCUGAGUAUGGUAAUGACAGAGAUCAACCCAAGUAUAGCAAUGACAAAAAACAGCCUGAGUAUGGUUAUGAUAAAGAUCAGCCUGAGUAUGGUAAUGGCAGAGAUCAACCGAAGUAUAGAAAUGACAGAAAACAGCCUCAGUAUGGUUAUGAUAAAGAUCAGCCUGAACAUGGUAAUGGCAGAGAUCAGCUUGAAUAUGACAAUGACAGAUAUCAGCCUGAGUAUGGUAAUGACAGAGACCAGCUUGAAUAUGACAAUGACAGAUAUCAGCCUGAACAUGGUAAUGGCAGAGAUCAGCUUGAAUAUGAAAAUGACAGAUAUCAGCCUGAACAUGGUUAUGGCAGAGACCAGCUUGAAUAUGACAAUGACAGAUAUCAGCCUGAACAUGGUUAUGGCAAAUAUGCUUAUUAUGGCAAUAACAGAGAUCAGACUGAGUGUGGGAACAACAGAGAUCAGCAUGAGUAUGGCCAUGUCUGA